GCCGUUUAUCAUGUUCACGAUAACAUUACACCUAGUCAAAAUCUGGGUAGUUUCCAAGAUCAAUUCUAAAAUUUUGUAGUACAAAUCAAAUUUAUCGCGCCAUAAUUUGCCAUGACGUCAUCAAUUUUCCGCAAGGGACGAACCGAUAAAUUAGAGAACUAUACAAAUUUUUGAGACAACAAUUUUGUCAGAGUUCGCAAAUCCCCUAGGUUUAAAUGAGCACGUUUCGUCAACAUGGCUCCAAAACACAAUAGAAAAAUAAGCGAUAGAUCAUAUCAAACAAUCACACAAUCAGCUUAGUCACUCAUCUAUCAAGCGAAUUUUAUUCAAAUGGAAAAUUUAUUAGAGGUUAGAUGCACGUGAGCGACCUUGUUAACCAGAAACGUUAUCUUAAGUUACUGGAUCUUUCCUACAAUUCUACCUACAAAGAGAAUCAAUAAUCUAGCACAGAUUAAAUCCUAUCUACGAAUAUAAUAAUUCCGCCAUCGUCUUCUCUAGUUAAAAAGUAUCAAUUCGUUUAGAAAAAUAGAGACAACCAAACAUGACUGUGGUAGCUACAGACGCCGAAAACCAGCUAGAAGAAUUCAAAACAAAACGAUGGUUGGGUCUUCGACACAUACAGUUUUUCUUACAGUUCUUAGCUUGUAUGAUCGCCUAUGGUGUUCGAACCAACAUGUCCGUGGGGAUUAUAGCAAUGAUGUCUGACGAACCACCCAACUCAGACAUACCUACGUACCCGCAGUGGACCGAAAAAGAGACAAUACUUUCAGCCUUCUUCUGGGGCUAUGUGAUCCCCCAGAUUGGUGCUGGUGCACUGGUCAAAAAAUUCGGGCCCAAGUGGUUCCUCGCUGGUACCAUGUUCAUCAAUUCGUUGUUCACGCUUUUGAUACCAGUGAUGGCUAGUGGUGUGGGUGAAGGAGGAGUGAUAGCCUGUAGGGUCAUUCAAGGUUUGAACCAAGGUUUCCUUUUUCCUUCUGUUCACACUCUUCUGGGGAAAUGGACACCACUGGCGGAAAGAUCUAAAGUGGCUAGUUUCGUCUACACUGGAGGACCUUUAGGGACUGUGAUAGCUCUACCCAUAACGGGGGUCAUAGCGGAGUCGUCGGUUGGGUGGCCUACAGCUUUCUAUGUGUAUGGUGGUUUGGGAAUAGCAUGGACUGUACUAUGGGUACUCGUGGGUGCUGAUAGUCCAGCCAAACACGGACGGAUAUCAGAAGAAGAAAGACGCUACAUUGAAGGUACUACAUCAACUGAAGAAAAAGAAGAAUUGCCAACACCAUGGAAGUCAAUUCUUACGUCCACGCCCUUUCUUGCUAUUUUGAUAGCCCAUUGUGGGCAAAAUUGGGGGUUUUGGACCCUCUUGACUGAAAUUCCGUCAUACAUGAGUGGCAUCAUGAAGUACAAGAUUAGUGAUAAUAGUUUAUUGUCGGCUCUUCCAUACUUCGUCUUGUGGAUUUUGAGCUUCAUUUUUAGCCCGAUUGCUGACUAUUUGAUCGCUCAUUAUCUGUCAAUAGGAGCUGUGAGGAAAAUCUUCAACACUAUUGGUAUUGUCAUCCCAGCUAUCGCUUUGGUGGCUCUUGGUUUCGUCGAUUCAGCUCAACGGGACUUAGCUCUAGGCCUCUUGGUGGUCGCUGUGGGUUUCAAUGCAGCCGUUUUCAGCGGGUUUAACGUCAACCAUAUUGACUUGUCGCCAAACCACGCUGGAAUUCUCAUGGGAAUUACCAACAGCCUGUCCAACGUAUUUUCAAUUAUAGCCCCUUUGAUAAUUAAGGUGAUUCCUUACGAACAGACGGACCCAAUUCUAUGGAGGUACGUUUUUUGCAUAGCUGCAGCAAUCUACGUCGUCUCGAGCGUCUUCUACGACAUUUUUGCUUCCGGAGAAGUCCAACCCUGGAACACUGAAGGCGAAACCGAUUCUUCAAAGAAGCAGAGCGAAAAUGAAGACAAGUUGUAGAAUCUGUUUUCUGGUCAACCGAACUGGAAAAUUUCGUGCAUCUAUUUUACAGAUGAAGUUUGAAUAUUUUGUCGAUC